UAGUAGAUUUGAGUCUUAGCUCAUUUUUUGGCACCGUUUCUCCAUGGGAGUUCUUGCAUUUACUCUAUACGUGAGAGAGGAAUAAAGAAGGGUAGAGUGUUAGUGCUGGGUUUGUGAGGGACGGGGUUGUUAUUAUUAUCGCUGCUUGUUUUUCACCCCCCUGUCCUGGCGAAAGCUCAAGCGCUAAAAUGGAGGCGGAAAGAUCCGGCGGAGUAGCAGGGGGAACAAACCAGAACUCUGGAGGCAGCGGCGUGGGGCGCAACCCGAACGGGCCGAAAUCAGUACUCGGGCAAGCGACAACAGCAGCCGCCGCCGCAGCAGCCGGAGCGAUGGCUGGAUCGUCGCAGCCUCGAGAGCCACAAGACGGCGACGCAGGCCUAUCGCUUCCCGGGAUCUUGCACUUUAUCCAGUUCGAAUGGGGACGCUUCCAGACCGAGAAAUAUCGCUGGGAAGCAGAGAGAGAUGAACUCAGGGCUCAGGUGACGUUCCUGCAGGGUGAGAGGAAGGGGCAGGAGAACAUGAAGCAGGAUCUGGUCAGGCGGAUUAAGAUGUUGGAGUACGCCCUGAAACAAGAGAGGUCCAAACACCAGAAGCUGAAGACAGGCAGUGACCAGAGCCCAGGGGAGAAGAAACCAGAGGCAGAACAAGUGCCUAAUGGGCCAGCAGAGUCUGAAUCUGAGCCAGCCAUCAGAAUGUCCUGGAAGGAGGGCCGUCAGCUGCUACUGCGCAAGUACCUGGAGGAGGUGGGCUACUCGGACACCAUCCUGGACAUGCGUUCGAAGCGUGUGCGCUCCCUGCUGGGUCGUACCAGCCCCGAGGCUAACGGCGCCCCGGCCAGCAGCGAGCAGCAGCCCGCCCCGGACCCCGAGCCCCUGGCAGGGGGGGAGUCACUCCUCAUCAGACAGAUAGAGGAGCAGAUCAAGAGGAACGCGGCGGGGAAGGACGGUUGUAAGGAGCGUCUGGGCGGUUCCGUGCUGGAUAAGAUCCCCUUCCUACACGGCUGCCAGGAUGAUGAUGAGGAUGACAGUGAUGAGGAAGAUGACUUCCAGGGCAUGGGCACGGACCGUGUAGACGGGCAGCGCAACAAGAACAAGAAGCCGCGCGUUAAGAUGGGGACUGAGCCCAUGACCACAGACCUGGACCCUGAUGAUGAGGAGGAGGAUGAAGACGACUCGGAGGAUGCCCUGAGCGAGUUUGACUUCCUGGGAUCAGGGGAGGAGGGGGAGGGGGCGGGAGAGGCCCGGAUCUCAGGGGACGGCCGGGAGUUAGGCGCAGGAACAAGUUACAGGGCAUGAUGUCGGACUUCCCCCCCAAACCCUCCCCGCCCCCCUCUGUGUCGGGACAGUCUCGCUCCGGGGAAGGUGGCGCUCUGGGUUUUUCCUCUGACGUCUUCAUCCUGGACGCCGUCGGGGGCGGAGACAUGAACCUGGGAGAGCUGGCUGACCUCACCGUCGCCAACGACAACGACCUCACCGUGGAUCUACAGGAUAACCGGGAGGAGUUCAAGAAGACGUGGAACCCUCGCUUCACGCUGCGUAGCCAUUUUGAUGCCAUCAGAGCGUUGACGUUCCACCCCAGCCAAGCCGUUCUACUCACAGCCUCCGAGGACGGAACCCUGAAGCUGUGGAACCUCAACAAGGCCAUACACUCCAAGAAAAAUGCAGCGCUGGACGUUGAACCCAUCUACACCUUCAGAGCCCACAGUGGUGCAGUUCUGUCUCUGGCAAUGGGAGAGGACGGAGGUUCGUGCUACAGCGGGGGCCUGGACGGAACCGUGCGCUGCUGGAAGAUCCCAGACCUCAACGUGGAUCCCUACGACAACUACGACCCGGGCAUAGAGAGCAAACGGGACGGUUCGCAUCUGGGAACCCAGAACCUGCCCCUGUCUCGCUGUCUUCACAAGGAGAAAGGCAGUAAGCUGAUUAACUGUGUGGUCAGCCACCCCUCUGAGCCCAUCUCCAUCACCGCACACGAGAAUCGCACUAUCCGCUAUCUCGACAACAAGACAGGUAAAGUGAUCCACUCCAUGGUGGCACACCUGGAUGCUGUCACCUGUCUGACCACGGACCCCAAAGGCACUUACCUCAUCUCUGGCAGCCAUGACUGUUCGGUGCGUCUGUGGAUGCUGGACAACAGGACGUGUGUGCAGGAGAUCACGGCCCAUAGGAAGAAGCACGACGAGGCCAUUCACGACGUGGCCUUCCACCCUUCGCAGCCCUUCAUCGCCUCGGCCGGCGCCGACGCACUCGCCAAGAUCUUCGUCUGAGAGGAGGCACAGACGGGGACCAUCUCUCCCUUGGUGAGACA